AUGGCUUUCAUUCGAGCCUUGUGCUUCGUCCUGUUGGUGGGUUUGGCCGCGGCGUGUCAACCACGCUGCCCCAAGUGUCCACCGAUGUGGACUUUCUACAAUGGCAACUGCUACCGUUACUUCGGCAUUGGCAAGACCUACGAUGAAGCUGAGAAGCACUGCCAGGAGUUCACUCAAGUCGGUCAGGGUCACCUGGCGUCCAUAACCAGCGCUGAGGAGAAUGAUCUGCUCCUCACGAUUUUUAAGUCGUCCGGUGGAAAGGACAGGCUGUGGAUCGGCUUCAACGACUUGGCAGAGGAAGGGAACUACAUAUGGAAAGAUGGAUCAGCGGUCAGCUUCACCAAAUGGCGCAGGUCCGAGCCCAACAACGCCGGUAAUAAUGAGCACUGCGCUCACAUGUACCCCAAUAAUGGCGAAUGGAAUGACACCGAAUGCAACAGAGCUGUUCCAUUCAUGUGCAAAAUGACUACUACAAAGUAAACGUCCCUACAAUAGACAACCACGGAGAUACGUAAGCACAUAUUUACCACAUCAAACCUGAAACCCUCACAAUCGAUACCAAGUCGAUGUCGUCGGCCAUGAUCACCUCACAGUCCUC